AUGAACAGAAGACAGACUACUGCCCAGGCAACGACCACCGCGCAUUUGGAAGCACAAAAGAGAGCAAAGUUCGAACAACGGAAGAAGGAGACGAAACAACAAGCAAUGCGCCUUGCUGUUGCUGAAAAAGGAGAAGUCGUGCCAACAUUGUCAGAGCUGCCUGACCAAUCGUUGAACUCACCGUCAAAAUUCCCCAGCACCGCUUUCUACGACACAAUCUCCACCUACCCUGUUGGCCACGGAAUGAAUACGUCAGCAUAUAAAGCAAUCUUGUUAGGAGCAAAGCCAGAAAAUCAGAUCACUUGCAAGUGCAAACACGAUUGCGUCACCAUUCCAAAUUGCCCAUGUCGUCGGAUGGCUGUUUGGAUGAACCAUGGUGAUUGCGAGAGCCUUUUGGUUUCUGGCCACGAGAUCGAUUUCUCACAAGGAGUCCACGAAAAUAAAUUUUAUUUUUCUUGCUCAUCCGGAUGCAAAUGCACCGGAUGUUCGCUCAAUAGCGUCCUGGAAGCCAAGAAGGACCAUAAUGAGAAGGUCAAGGUGACGAGAAGAAGACUGGACGUGGGUUUCGGAGUGGAGGCUAAACGCCAUAUUGAGAAAGGCGAGUUCAUUGCCACGUUCGUGGGAACGUUAUGUGGACCACUGACUGCGAAUGGGCUCAAAGCUGAGACCAUCAAUGUGCGGUAUUCAUAUACCGCGACCAACAAAAAUAGCAUCAAACAGGUGACUAAGUUGCUGAAAUCAAAGGAGUAUGUACGAUAUCUGAGGGAAGCGUACCACUCGGAUAUAAUUAUCGAUCCGCUGGAGAGAGGAAAUUUCACCCGAUUCUUCAAUCACAGCUGCCAGCCGAACUUAACAAUUGUGAAAGUCUGCGCUGGAGGAGUGUCCCCAUUGGAUCUGAACAUGGUGUUCGUUGCUAACAGAGCAAUCAACCAGGGUGAAGAAAUGACCUUUGACUAUGGUCCUCAUUAUCUGAUGGGUCAAUGUCUUUGUGAAAUCUGCAAGAACAAAGAAGACGUUGAUAUGGCAACAGCAGAAAAUAUCAAUGGAGGCUCGGAAUCAGAAAACAUUUGUCCAAACACACCAAAUCGUCUCGGCAAACGACCAUCAGGCGUCAAGAAACCCCAGAUUCCCAAGAAGUCCAAGAAGAAUGGUCUAAUGACGUUGGAAGAAUUAUGGGAUGGGCAGCUACCAUUUUCUCCUGCUAACACAUCUUCCAUACUGUCUUCUCCGGUCUUCACCAACACUCUUAUCUUCGUCAUCUCUACACCACAACAUCCAGAUUCUGGAAUCAGCAUUAUAGCUAUAGGUUUAUUGAAUUUUUAUAUUUUGUUUUGUACACUUCUAAGAAAUUUAUCUCGGGUUCUGCCCUGCCCUUACAGUCGCACAUCUCUUUUUCCGGAUACUCAAAGUUUGACAUAUCAUAUCAUCUUGUAA